GGUUACGGCGUGUAGAGGAGUGGCUUCACCCAUGCACCCAGCCACCCCCUGCCCCCCCCGGCAUGGGAGGACUCAGCCCAUGGCUAUAAAUGCGAGGAGGAGCUGUGCAGCCACAGCCCUCCCUCCCCGCUCCGAGAUCCUGUCCUGCUCAAGCCGCUCAGCCCACAGCCAUGGCAGCCCCCCUGGACCAAGCCAUCGGGCUCCUCGUGGCCACAUUCCACAAGUACUCGGGGAAGGAGGGUGACAAGAACACCCUGAGCAAGGGCGAGCUGAAGGAGCUGAUCCAGAAGGAGCUGACCAUCGGGCCGAAACUGAAGGACGCGGAAAUUGCCGGGCUCAUGGACGACCUGGACCGCAACAAGGACCAGGAAGUGAACUUCCAGGAGUACGUCACCUUCCUGGGCGCCCUGGCCAUGAUCUACAAUGACGCCCUGCUGCAGUACAAGUAGAGCUGAGCCAGCCACCGGGGUGACCCCCCCCCUCCCCAAUGCCUCUCUGAGGUCCAAUAAAAUUUCUUUUUGUAAAGUUUU